AUGUCGGGGCGACGCGAUUUCCUCAACCAGGCUGCCCCUGAGAACUAUGUCGCUGGUCUUGGACGAGGCGCAACAGGUUUCACGACACGAUCCGAUCUUGGCCCUGCUAGAGAUGGACCUAGCGAGGAUCAGAUUAAAGAGGCUCUUGCGAAGCGUGCCGCUCAGCUAGGCCUGGCGCCGGAUAAGAAGGGCAAGGAUAAAGAAAAGGAUGAAGACGAGGGAGGUGACGAAGAACGAUAUCAAGAUCCUGACAACGAAGUUGGGCUCUUCGCUGGCGGUGUGUACGACAAAGAUGAUGAGGAGGCCGAUAAGAUUUGGGAAUGGGUGGAUGAGAGAAUGGACCGAAGAAAAAAGCAGCGCGAAGCACGAGAGCAGGCCGAGAAGGACGAAUACGAACGAAACAACCCUAAGAUUCAACAGCAGUUUUCCGACCUGAAACGAGCUCUGGCGACUGUCACUGAUGACGAAUGGGCAAAUCUACCCGAAGUUGGCGACUUGACAGGCAAGAAUCGGCGUAGCAAGCAAGCGUUGCGACAACGAUUCUAUGCUGUUCCGGACAGCGUCAUUGCGGCAGCGCGCGACUCGAGCGAGAUGGGAACAACAGUUAUGGAUGAGGGCACUUCUUCCAACGCCGGUGGCAGCGAUGCUGCAGAUGGUACAAUGACCAACUUUGCCAAGAUCGGCGCGGCUCGUGACAAGGUGCUCAAGUCCAGAUUGGAGCAAGCUGGGAGUGAUUCUGCUGCGCCAGGCACAUCCACUAGUAUCGACCCUCAAGGCUAUCUUACUAGCCUCAACAAGAUGCAGAUGAGUGAAGCGCAAGCUCAAGUUGGAGAUAUCAACCGUGUUCGCGAGCUUCUGCAGUCUGUUGUCAAGACGAAUCCCACGAACGCUUUGGGUUGGAUCGCGGCGGCGCGACUCGAGGAGUUGGCAGGCAAGAGUGUAACGGCAAGAAAGACGAUCGACAAGGGUUGUACACAGUGUCCUAAAAGUGAAGAUGCUUGGCUUGAGAACAUUCGACUUAACAGCGAUUCUCCGAAUGCAAAGAUUAUUGCGCGAAGAGCUAUUGAGGCCAACAACACAUCAGUCAGACUAUGGGUCGAGGCGAUGAGGCUAGAGACAAUUCCAAGCAACAAGAAGCGAGUUAUCCGACAAGCGCUUGAUCACAUUCCUGAAUCGGAGGCUUUAUGGAAGGAGGCAGUGAACUUGGAGGAAAACUCCGAUGAUGCUAAGCUGCUCCUAGCCAAGGCCACCGAACUGAUUCCUCUCUCUGUGGAUCUCUGGCUGGCCUUGGCACGAUUGGAGACGCCAGAGAACGCUCAGAAGGUCCUCAAUAAGGCUCGAAAGGCCUGUCCAACGUCACAUGAAAUUUGGAUCGCGGCUGCACGGUUACAGGAACAGCUCGGACAGGGCACCAAGGUCAAUGUUAUCAAGCGUGGUGUCCAGGUCCUGGCGAAGGAGUCAGCGAUGCCCAAGCGCGAGGAGUGGAUUGCAGAGGCAGAAAGAUGCGAAGAGGAGGGUGCCAUUAUCACCUGUCAGAACAUCAUUCGGGAGACUCUAGGUUGGAGUUUGGACGAGGAUGAUGAUCGCAAAGACACAUGGAUGGAGGAUGCAAGGGCAAGUAUCAACCGAGGCAAAUACGAGACUGCCAGGGCCAUAUACGCCUACGCACUACGGAUAUUUGUCAAUAGUAGAACGAUGUGGAUGGCAGCAGCAGACUUGGAAAGGAACCAUGGAACCCGAGAGUCGCUGUGGCAAGUGCUGGAGAAGGCUGUAGAGGCGUGCCCUAAGAGCGAGGACCUAUGGAUGAUGCUGGCCAAGGAGAAGUGGCAGGCUGGCGAGGUGGUCAAUGCUCGUAUCGUUCUCAAACGUGCCUUCUACCAAAACCCUAACAACGAGGAUAUUUGGCUUUCCGCUGUCAAGCUAGAGUCAGAAAAUGGCGAUGGCGUACAGGCCCGGAAGCUUCUGGAGGUUGCCCGCGAGAAGGCCCCCACAGAUCGUGUAUGGAUGAAGAGUGUUGUGCUUGAACGAGUGUCGGGCAACAUUGAGGCUGCUCUCGAUCUUGUCCUUCAGGCUCUUCAGUUAUUCCCGGCAGCAGCCAAGCUUUGGAUGCUCAAGGGACAGAUCUAUGAGGACCUGGGCAAAACUGGCCAAGCGAGAGAGGCGUAUGGCACAGGAGUCAAGGCAGUUCCCAAGUCUGUCCCCCUGUGGCUUCUGUAUGCCAGGCUUGAGGAGCAGGCCGGUCUCACCGUGAAGGCUCGAUCGGUGCUUGACCGUGCUCGACUUGCUGUACCAAAGAACGCGCAGUUGUGGUGCGAGUCAGUACGACUAGAACGUCGAGCAGGCAACACAGCCCAGGCCAAGUCAAUGAUGGCAAAGGCACAACAAGAAGUCCCCAAGAGUGGUCUCCUCUGGGCAGAACAGAUAUGGCAUCUGGAACCCAGAACACAGCGCAAGGCCCGCAGUCUCGAAGCUAUCAAGAAGGUGGACAGCGACCCCAUCCUGUUUGUGGCUGUAGCGCGCAUCUUUUGGGGCGAUCGUAAGCUGGAGAAGGCGCAAAACUGGUUCGAGAAGGCUCUUGUGCUGGACAGCGACUAUGGUGAUUCUUGGGCUUGGUACUACCGGUUCUUGUGUCAACAUGGUACGGAGGAGAAGCGGGCAGAUGUGGUGACGAAGUGCGUGCUGAAUGAACCUCGACACGGCGAAGUGUGGCAGGCGAUUGCGAAGAAGCCCACAAAUGCGAGAAAGAGUUGUGAGGAGAUACUUAAGUUGGUGGCUGAGGAAUUGGAGCAAUAG